UCGGAGAAAGACUAUGGCGACUGGCUUCUUCAUUCUUGUGUAAAACUUUAAAUUACGGGAGGACGAUUGGAGGAGUCGAGAGCUUCGAUUGUGACACUUGUCGCGUCGUCGUCAAUUUUGCUUUAUUCUUCCUCCUGGAGAAUCUAGGCUACUUUUCCAUUUUUGUCUCUCAGGUAAUUUUGCUUUACUGUUGGCAUAAAUGCAGAAAAAAACGGAAAAAGCGAGCGGGAUGCAAAAAGCAACUAGCCUAAUCAUUACCUUCCGCGUUUCCGCGAAGGCGGAUUCAAACGCGGCUGCUGAAAUUUUGUUUGGCGGGGGGCUGCAUGCAAAAUGAGUGGUUAGUGUUCUUUGUAUGUGCUUGGUUCGAAGAUCCCUGAUUGCAUCAUACGCUGCAUUCCUGGAUGAAAGAAGUUUGCUGAGGCAGUGCUGAUUGGAUUGAAUCUUGAGUGCUCAUUGAAACACAUUGCGAAAAGAAAGCGCAGGGGGAAUAAGCAUCUUAAUAAAAAAAUUUGGACGUAUCAUAUAAUAUCAGGGGGUUGCUGCUGAGAAGUCGAGCUUAAAGUUUUGUUGGUGGAUGCUGCAAUAUGGGCCUCUUGGAUCUCUUUGUUGCUUCUUCUAUUCCUGUCCUUAAAUUGCUCUUGGUGACUGGAUUGGGAUCAUAUCUUGCACUUGAUCAUGUAAAUCUUCUGGGAAAUGAGGCGAGGAAGAAUUUGAAUGAUAUUGUGUUCUAUGUGUUCAAUCCAUCGCUAGUGUCUAGCAACUUAGCCCAGUCGAUAACAUUUGAAAGCAUGGUUCAUCUGUGGUUCAUGCCUUUUAACAUACUUAUCACAUUCAUAAUUGGUUCCAUCCUUGGUUGGGUGGUUACUCAACUAACAAAAGCUCCUGCUCAUCUCCGAGGACUUAUAAUUGGCUGUUGUGCUGGAGGAAACUUGGGGACCAUGUUGCUCAUUAUUAUCCCUGCAGUUUGCAAAGAGAAAGCAAGCCCAUUUGGGGAUCCUGUUGUUUGCAACAAAUCUGGGAUGGCUUAUGCUUCCCUCUCUAUGGCAACUGGAGCUGUUUAUUUAUGGUCCUACGUGUAUAACAUAAUCAGAAUAUGUUCAAAUAUGAGCUCAAAGGUAGAAGAAAUAAGUGACUCUCCUACUAGCAAGCCUUCAGGAGACAUCUCAUCUCCGUCUGAAAUAGAUUGGACAGAACCCUUACUUUCUUCAAGUGGUUUGCCUGAAUCUGAAGAUCAGGAAAGUCAGCUGGCUUUGCCACAACAGAGAUAUGAGAAUAAGCCUGAGGUAAACAAUCAAUUGCAGGUAUCCUUUUUAGACAAAAUAAAGAUGUUCUUGAAAAAGACGAACCUGCGGAGACUGUUUGCUCCAUCAUCACUCGGAGCGCUUGUUGGAUUUGUUGUUGGAGUUAUACCUCCAAUUCAGAAGCUAAUGAUCGGUGACUCUGCUCCUCUUCGUGUAAUACAAGAUUCUGCACUCUUACUUGGGGAUGCUGCCAUUCCAGCUCUCACACUUAUCUUGGGCGGUAACCUUUUAAGAGGCUUAAAGGGUUCAGGAAUUCGAAAAUCAAUCAUCAUCGGCAUUCUCCUUGUUCGAUACCUUGCCCUGCCUUUGAUAGGCAUAGCCGUCCUAAAGGGGGCAGUCCGAUUAGGACUGGUGCAUGAUGAUCCACUAUACCAAUUUGUUCUUUUGUUUCAGUUCUCCCUUCCACCAGCAAUGAACAUAGGAACAAUGACACAAAUGUUUGGCGCCGGGGAGAGCGAAUGCUCGGUUAUCAUGCUAUGGUGUUAUGCAUCAGCUUCUGUAGCUUUAACUCUGUGGUCGACAUUCUACUUGUGGCUUAUAUCCUGAUAAUAUAUAGUUCCAAGCAGUUUAAUUAAUUAAUUGGUCAGAUCAGAUCAGAUCAGCAAUCAGGCUAACGUCGCCGGAGAUUAACGUGCAGCAGCCAUUUCCAUAUCGUAGAUGAAGAAUAAGUAUAAUAAAAUUUUGAAGAUGUAACUGAAUGACCAUGUAUAUGUUCAUCAGCUAAUGGAAUGGAAUGUGUCACUGUUUUGGGAUUCAA